AUGGGCCGAGCCCCUGCAUGGGGGCUCGACAUGACGGACCCUCAGGCGGUGGCGGUAUUCAAAGAAUACAAUCUGCGGCGACACUAUGAAUCCCGUCACAAAGACAAGUAUGAUAGCUUGCAAGGCCAAAUCCGAGCAGACAAACUCUCAAAGCUAAAAAGUGGACUGUUAGCUCAGCAGAAUACAUUUGUACGCCAAGCUCAGCUGAACCAGUCAUCUGUUCGGGCCAGCUUUCGGGUUGCUCAACUGACAGCAAGCAGCAGUAAACCUUUCACUGAUGGAGAGUUUGACAAGAAAUGCAUGAACGCUGUCGCAGAGGAGGUGUGUCCCGAGAAGAAAGAUGUCUUUAAUGCUGUGAGUCUAUCAGCGAGUACAAUCACCAGACGCAUUGAAGAAAUCAGGGGUAAUGUAUAUGCCCAGCUGCAACAGAAGACGAAAGAAUUUGAAUUUUUUUCAUUAGCACUGAAUGAAAGCACUGACGUGCAGGACACCGCGCAGCUGCUCAUUCUUACUCGUGGAGUUAGUGCAAACUUUGAGAUGCGCGAGGAGCUGGCAGCCCUCCAAAGUCUCAAAGGGACUAAGACGGGGGAGGAUAUUUUCGGCAAAGUGUACCAAACCAUGGAAGAGUUUGAUCUGAACUGGUCAAAGCUGGCCAGCAUCACAACUGAUGGGGCUCCUAGUAUGGUGGGUAUGUCUCGGGGUCUAAUAGGACUCAUGAACCGGGAGACGGAAGAACGAGGUCUCACCGCCACGCUACAAGUCCACUGCCUAAUUCACCAGCAUGCACUGUCUGCAAAGUGUUGA